AUGGCCGACGAGAAUAAUGAUGCUCAGCACGAGCACACCUUCGAGUCCGCCGAUGCUGGCGCCUCUACCACCUACCCGAUGCAGUGCUCUGCGUUGAGGAAGGGCGGUCACGUCGUCAUCAAGAACCGUCCCUGCAAGAUCGUCGAAAUGUCCACCUCCAAGACUGGCAAGCACGGUCACGCUAAGGUUCACUUGGUCGCUAUCGAUAUCUUCACUGGCAAGAAGAUGGAAGAUCUUUCCCCAUCCACCCACAACAUGAACGUUCCCAACGUUGCCCGUAGGGAAUUCCAGCUCCUUGACGUUACCGACGAUGACUUCCUCAACCUUAUGGACGACAAUGGUAACACCAAGGAAGAUGUCAAGGUUCCCGAGGGUGAGGUCGGCGACAAGAUCCGCAAGAUGAUCGAUGACGGCAAGGACGUCAAUGUCAUUGUCAUGGCCGCCAUGGGCGAAGAGGUGGCCGUUGAUGCCAAGGAAGCGCCCAAGGGCUCUUAA